UUAUAUAUAAUUAAAUAUAACUCAAUUUAAUAUAAAUAUAAGAUGGACAAAUUAACAACAAUAAGUGCAACACUUUUUAUGGCAGCCGAUGUAUUUGCUAUUGUCAGUUUAGCUAUGCCUGAUUGGGUGGUAACAGAGGAAGCAGGUGAUAUAAGAUUAGGACUAAUGUGGACUUGUAUGACACUAUAUAAUCGUCCACAAGUCUGUUAUACACCAGUUUUGCAACCAGAGUGGCUAGUAGCGUUAGUCUGCAUAUUUAUUGGCUGCAUUUGCAUAACAACAACAGUAAUUCUACUUGCUUCUAGCACUUGGGAUCGUAAUGUUAUUCCUUAUGCACGCUGGGUGGGAUUCACUGCUAUGGUACUAUUUUGUCUAGCGGCGGUAGUAUUUCCACUUGGUUUUCAUAUCGAAGAAAUUGGUGGUCAGGCUUAUCAACUACCGAACACCUAUAAAAUUGGAAUCUCUUAUAUAUUAUUUGUACUGGCUUUGUGGAUAACAGUAGUGUCGGAAUUAUUUGCAGGAAAAGUAUGUCUACCACACUUUUAAAAAAUUUAUGUUUUUAUAUAAAUUAAAUUACAAGGAAUAUUUAAUAAUUGUCAGCUGAAGAGAUUGAGAUAAGAAUUCUUAUAUUCAAGUACAAUCCCUAAUAGAAAGACAAAAAAGUAUAGUCAUUUUUAUAUAAAUUCGUUAUAGUGAACGAAUGAAUUAGUUUAGUAUUAAAGUAGUUAUACCAAUCUCGAAUCUCCAAAUAUGUUUAGCAAAAUAUAGAUAUUAUAGUUUGACAAAA